AUGCCGUCUCACGUGGAUCUGGACCGGCAGAUCGAGCACCUCAUGGAGUGCAAGCCUUUGCCGGAGGCGGAGGUGAAGGCGCUGUGCGAUCAGGCCAGGGCGAUUCUCGUCGAAGAGUGGAACGUUCAACCGGUGAAGUGUCCUGUCACCGUCUGCGGCGACAUUCACGGCCAGUUUUAUGAUCUCAUCGAACUUUUUCGGAUAGGAGGAAACGCUCCCGAUACGAACUACCUUUUUAUGGGCGAUUAUGUAGAUCGUGGCUACUAUUCAGUGGAAACUGUUACGCUGUUGGUGGCCUUGAAAGUCCGAUAUAGAGAUAGAAUUACAAUCCUUAGGGGAAAUCAUGAGAGUCGUCAAAUCACUCAAGUGUAUGGCUUCUACGAUGAAUGCUUGAGAAAGUAUGGAAAUGCAAAUGUCUGGAAAUUCUUUACCGACUUGUUUGAUUAUUUGCCUCUGACUGCCCUCAUUGAGAGUCAGAUUUUCUGCUUGCAUGGAGGUCUCUCACCAUCUUUGGAUACACUGGAUAAUAUCCGGGCGUUGGAUCGCAUACAGGAGGUUCCACACGAAGGACCGAUGUGUGACCUAUUGUGGUCUGAUCCAGAUGAUCGUUGUGGUUGGGGAAUAUCUCCACGUGGUGCUGGAUAUACGUUCGGACAGGACAUAGCUGCUCAGUUCAAUCAUACCAAUGGUCUCUCCCUGAUAUCUAGAGCUCACCAGCUUGUCAUGGAAGGAUACAAUUGGUGCCAGGACAAGAAUGUGGUCACUGUCUUUAGUGCACCUAAUUACUGUUAUCGAUGUGGGAACAUGGCCGCCAUACUGGAAAUUGGAGAGAAUAUGGAUCAGAAUUUUCUGCAGUUUGAUCCAGCUCCCAGACAAAUUGAGCCUGACACUACACGAAAGACUCCAGAUUAUUUUUUGUAA